AAGACAGCUUAUACAACGUUUUUUCAAGAUUACUUUGGCAUUAACUGGAGCGUGUUGAAGACAAAUACUAGUUUGAAGAAGGAUCACCGAAGGCCACCGAGCCACUUGAAGAAUGAGAUAUUGUUUUCCAUGAGCGCUAUUACUAUUAGCCAGUGGGUUCCCCUCCUUUGCUCCUGUGAUAACAUAGCUGAGCUUCUCAUCGGCCAAUCAAUAUUUCCCUGGUCAGUGUUGCUGUAAUUAAGGUCUUACCUGUCCACUCUUAGGCAGAGGGACACUACGACAUUCCACGAUUCUUGGCUAGCUAAAGUUGGUUUGCUCUUGGAAGUUCGUUGUGUGGAGUGGAGAGAAACAUGGCUGACAUGACGGUAAAUGGAGAGGAUGUACUGGCUCCCUACAGGGUGGACACCCCCUCCGGUGUGAAGACAGAUGGUCUGCUCAGUCAGGAGCGAGAAGGUCUCGCGCAGAGAGUGGAGGACUUGUCGGCCAAGGUCUCUGAUCAAGCCAACGACAUUGUGUGUCUCAAAACGGCGCUCGCAGAUGUCAUCCGACGUCUCGCUAUUGUGGAGGCAUCCCCCCAAAACAACCUUCUUCCCUCCAAGCCGACGUUCCGGUCGAAUCGUAAGUCCGGGGUCUCGGACCGGAAGCUGCACAUGAAUCCCCUGGACAACGUGAACUUCGUCCCCCACCGCAGCACCUCGUCGCUGUCAAAGUCGAUGCACCACUCGCCACGCAGCUCCACCAGCAUGAAGAAAUGGUCAUCUCUCUCGAACUCGGCUGACCUCUCAAACCCAGCACUCACACCAUACAAACGUAGCACUUCUCACAGUAAUUUGACGGCACGCCCAUCAGCCCGGGGUAGCCGAGAUCCAGUCUGGAACCAAGUUUGUGAUGAGGGCUACCUAAAGAUAUUUUUGAAGGGCAGAGCGGUUUCUUUGUUUGCACCGUCAUCCUUAUCCGACUUCAACAUAUCGAAAGUGGGUGAAGCACCAUCUGAGAGACUACAGCUAGAAUGGGUAUACGGUUACCGGGGACGGGACUGCCGCUCCAACCUGUACUUCCUGCCGACGGGGGAGGUGGUGUACUUCGUGGCAGCCGUCGUCGUCCUCUUCAACGUUGAAGAAGGAAUGCAGAGAUUCUACUGCGGCCACAACGACGACGUUAAGUGUAUAGCCAUUCAUCCCGACAAGAUGCGAAUAGCUACAGGUCAAGUGGCGGGUCAUGAUAAGAAGGAAGGCAAGAAAAAUCGUACUAGCUCAAACGAUGUCACAGAGUUUGAUGAAAGCUGGCCUCACAUCCGAAUCUGGGACUCUGUGAGUCUGAACACGCUGCAUGUGAUAGGCCUGGGCGACUUCGACAGAGCUGUGUGUUGUGUGUCUUUCUCUAAACUGGAUGGUGGUUGUCAGCUGGUUGCGGUUGAUGAUGCCAAUGAACAUGUGAUAUCGGUUUGGGAUAUCAGUCGGGACAGACCUCACAAACUCACAGAAACUAAGAGCUCCACUGAACCAGUGUUAGCAGUAGAGUUUCAUCCAUUUGAGAAAAACAGCAUUGUCUCCUGUGGGAAAAGCCAGAUCUCAUUCUGGAGUGUGGAGGGUGGAACGCUGUCAAAGAAACAAGGCAUUUAUGAUAAACAUGAAAAGCCCAAGUUUGUUCUGUGUUUGGCUUUUGCUGACAACGGAGAUGUGAUCACGGGAGAUUCAAAUGGCAAUAUCUUAGUCUGGGGAAAAGGUGGUAACCGUAUCACUCAGGCUGUAAAUGGGGCUCACGAAGGUGGAGUGUUCUCCGUGUGCGUCAUGAAGGAUGGUACGAUCCUAUCGGGAGGUGGCAAGGACAGGAAGAUUAUACAGUGGGACAAUGCAUAUAAGAAAACCGGACUGGAGACAGAGCUUCCUGAACUGUUUGGUCCGGUGCGGACUCUGAGUCAGGGAAAAGGAAACCUGGUGCUUGUUGGUACAACUCGCAACUGUAUUCUGCAGGGCAGCCUGGACCUCAAACUGAACCCUAUUGUACAGGGUCACAUGGAUGAGCUUUGGGGACUGGCAACCCACCCAUCUCAACACCAGUUCCUCUCCUGUGGAUCGGACAGACACGUCUACCUGUGGGACAGUCUCUCACACUCUGUCAUCUGGUGUAAAGAAGUGUCAGAUCCUUUGCAUUCAUGUUGUUUCCAUCCAGAGGGAAAUGUAGCUGCCAUUGGUACCCAGAAUGCACGUUGGCUUGUGGUUGACCUGGCAACACAUGAAAUUCUUUGUGUCCACUCUGAUGGCAAUGAACAGAUAGAAUGUAUCCAGUACUCACCUGAUGGAAAAUACCUGGCCGUAGGGUCAAGAGACAACUGUAUUUAUGUAUACCAAGUAUCUGAGGGUGGCAGUACAUAUGCAAAAGUUGGAAAAUGUUCUGGCCACUCAAGUUUCAUCACUCACUUGGAUUGGUCCGUGGAUAGUCAGUAUCUGCGCAGCAACUCAGGGGAUUACGAAGUGUUGCACUGGAAUGCAUCAAACUGCAAGCAGGUCACCACCCCAUCGACUGUGCGGGAUGUAGACUGGGCCACACAGUUCUGUACACUCGCCUUCAGUGUAGCAGGUAUCUGGCCAGAAGGUGCUGAUGGCACGGACGUCAACAGUUGUUGUCGAUCACACAAUAAAAAUGUGAUUGCCACAGCUGACGACUUCGGCAAAGUGUGCCUCUACAAAUAUCCAUGCUGCCAACCUAAGUCUUCCAACCACCCAUACAAAGGUCACAGUAGUCACGUGACCUCCGUGAACUUUCUCUUUGAUGACACGCGUCUGAUAUCAACAGGUGGCCGAGACAUGUCCAUCAUGCAGUGGGAACUCGUGUAGCAAGUUGUCAAACCAUUGUUCUUCUAACGGCAACCAGUUGCCCACACAAACAGGAUACUUGCAAACUAAGAUUAAUAACCAGUAAAUCCAGAACACUGGAACUGGUGUUACAGAAAAGGAAGAUUAAAAACCACUGAAAAGUUAUUCUUUAUUUAUUUAACCAUGUGUGAUUUUUACUUCCUUCUAUGAUGCAGGACAUAUUUGUGACAUUAAUCGUGUAUGAAAUACGUUAUUACGGUUUUGUUGGUGUAUUCUGUUGUUAUGUUAUUAUUAACCUAUGAGCAAUAUAUUCCUCACUGAACAACUAUAGACUUUGUUCGGGUUCUGGGCACGCCCUGCCUGAUCGUGGCUGCACCACUCACAGUUUGUGACUGUACAGUUAUCUCCAUCUACGGUAGUUGUAUCUAAACCUGUGAAUCGGACUGCCAUCCAUAACUUGUUAAGUUUCAUUUUAUUAACAUUUCACAUUUGUUUUUCAUGAUUAAAAUGAUAAUCAAGUAACGCCUAUCGUUUUGCAUGCAUAUAUAUUUUUAUCAAGAUCAGUGUAGUUGAGGUGAAAACAGAAAGAAUGUUUUAAAGGACACUGUUGUGUUGCAUGUUUAUCUGUGGUUAUCCGGUUUCAGACCCCAUAUUAUAAGAGUUAAGAAAUCUUUUAUAAACUCACUCUUUUGUACCUUGAAAUGACUUCUUGUCAGUUAUUUAUUCAUUUUAUUUAUUCAUUGAUAAUUGAGUCUUAAAGGAAUAUUGGCUUUAUGACACAGUACAUUUUAAACUACAUGUAUGGGUAUCUGGUGUCUAACAUGGUUUUGUUGAUUAAUGCUACCAACAAAUGGCAAGGUGUCUUUUUAUAUACACUUCGUCAAAGACAGGACAGUUCAUAUCACAGCCUUAGUGAGGAACUGCUUCCCCAAAAUUUAUUGUGGGUGAUUAAUCGCAUAACCCAUUGGUCCUCAGUUGAGUUGUCUUAGCAGCCAUUUUACAGUUCUCCCAGCCCAACCACAUUAAGUAGCCACCUGUCUUAAGGGGCCAUUGUACCGUUCUCCCAGCCCAACCACAUUAAGUAGCCACCUGUCUUAAGGGGCCAUUGUACUGUUCUCCCAGCCCAACCACAUUAAGUAGCUACCUGUCUUAAGGGGCCAUGUUAUAAUAGUCCCUCAGGUGGCUGCUUAACACAGAUAUCAAUCUAGUUAGGCUAAUUUCAGAUUUAUAAAAAGGAUGAAUAUUAUUUACAAUGAUCAAAGAUUUAAAUUGGGACAUUUUCCUUUCAUACUUGGUAUGUGUAUGCAUUUAGUAGAUGCUAGUCUUCAACAUAAACACCUUCUACCUCCAGGUUUAACCCCAUGGUUAGAAUUUAGAUAAAGUAGUUUCUUCUAGAUCCCACGCAAAUUCCAGUCGAGGUAAUGUGAAAUAUUGUCAGUUCUUGAUUUAGGUUAAAUAUUUGUUAUGAAAAAUUGAUACACCUUAUUUCCCCCCUUUUAUUCCUUUCUAAGUAUUAAAAUGUUUACCUAUCAACCCAUAUAAAAGAAGGUGGAUAAGGUACGAUAGGUUCUUUGAUGUCAAUAAGUUAUUCAGUUCAAUUCAAAAUCUAAUUAUUUCCACAUGCCAAUUCUGAUGUCAUGCCCUGGCAUUCUUUAAAAAAAAAAAAAUAUUAAUAGAGUCUUUUUUUUUCAGAGAGUAAAUUACAUGUAAUUAAUUACAUAUAGCAUGGCUCAAGUCUUUCUGCAUCUACAUUUAAUCAAUGUUUUAUUACACUAAAGUCAAGCCUACAAUUAAGUAAAUUUUCACGAUAUGUGUUACUUGCUGUUUUGUGCUUUAAAUGUGCUUUAAAUGAAAUUUAUCUUUAUUUUCAUCUCUUUUAGUGUUGUGAUAAAAUGUCAAUUCAAGGAAAAUUAUUUUAAGUUGAAGUAUUUUAAUACUGAAAGAGAUGUUAAUUCUAUUUUAUGACUAGGUUAAUAUAAAUUUACAGUUCUCCAUGACAUUAUGUAACCAAUUAUUGUUUUAUCAUAUGAAAGUUGUAAUUGUACUUUGAGAAAGUGGAAGAAGAGGAUAAGUUUUUUUCCUUUACAUUGCCAAUGAAAUGCCUUCAUUACAUGGCUGAAUUGUGAUGGGUUUUUUUACAAAUCAAUUGAAUUUGGUUGAUCUGUGAAAUGUGUUAGGUGGAUAAAGCUAAUUAGUUUGUAUAAAGCAUGUCAUACCUGAAUAAUUAGGAUACAAGCUCUCCUGGCAAAUAUUAUAUAGCAAAACCUUUCUAAACUAGAUCAUGCCGGCAUCUGAUAUUUAUCCGAUUUAGACAGGAUUUGGUGUUUAGAGGGUCAGAGUUUAGAAAAUUCAGGACCAUGAAACUUGGCAGUUUUGACAUGAUUCCUGUUUGGACAGGUUUCACGGUAUAUAUAUAUAUAUAUAUAUUUGCAAUAUGUAUUUCACAUGUAAUAAGAAACAUUAUUGAGAGUGGAAGAUUUUGUAGUUUUUAAUGGGAAAAGAAAAAGAAAGAAGAAACAAAAAGAUAGUGCAACAUAUCAGAAGUUGUUGUUAUUCAGCAAUGUAUAGCAUAUUCACAAACAGUUGAUAUAUUUCAAACUCGCAAUGCCCUUUGCAAUGAGGGGGGAGGUCUGUUUGAAUUAUGAUUUUAAUUAGGUCAAACAAUACAUUAAUAAUCCACUAGAUGUUUGUAGUAUUCAGUAUGGACUUUGUUUAAAUCAGACUUGUUUACAUGUAUUUAAAAACGUUUGUGCUCGUUUGAUGAAUGGAUAGUAUUGUCCUAACACUAAACCGCUUUCAGUCGGUAGGUUUGCACUGCCUGCUGAAAGCUCCACGUGUGCAGACUGUUUAUCCACGCAAGCUGAUGCUUGUUCACGUUUCAAACAAUCUUUACAAAUUGUGAUAUAUUUACAUAAAGUAACCAUAUUUUUAAAACUUUUUUUUUUUCUAUUUUGAGUUAAACUGUGUGCUUAUGUAUCUCUACGUUUUGAUAUGUGCAUGUAUUAUAUUUAGGUUUUUUUCUUCUAGAUUUGUGACUAUAUUUACUCAGUACCUUGUUACCAAAUGUAUGAAUGUUUUUAGUUAAAUUGUAUUUGAGAAAUAAACAAUGUUGCAUGCAAUUUAUCUAAAUUGGAAUAUAUACGUCUCAAUCGUCUUUAUUUUAACUGACGGCCACACUAACAUUGUAUUUUAAUAUUCAUUGUUCGCUAUAAAAUUUGACUAAAUGAUGUGACUGCUAAAAAUUUGUUUCUCUUUUGAAACCAAUUUACUAAAAAAAAAAAUUCUAGAUGUUUUUCACAAUUUGGUACCACAGUUAAAAAUGCUUAGAAAGGACUGUUCAAUACAAAUCAUGACGGUUGGCAUGAGGUGAUUUACAUUUUAUGUAAUACAUAAAAGCACUGGACACAAGUUUAAUAACCACUUCAAAACCUUGUUUGAAUGCAAUUAUUUAUUACAUAUUAAUUUUAAACUAACCAGCAUAUUUUGAUUUUGUUUUUUUCUGAUUGUGUUGUGAUCUCCUUCUGUUGUAUUCAAAACAUGCUGCCCGUUUCAAACCCAGAAUAAGUUUACCAUACAACGAAAAGCAAAUAUGUUAUGGGCCUACCCAAGUUGUCAGUUAUAUUCUCUGUAUCUUUGUUUUUGCUCAAUCAUUUAUUCUGUGAUGUUUUAUUUGAACCUAUUAAUUCUAGAUGAAUUUAGCAUGGUACAGUUUAGUUUUUCGGUUAAGUAAAACUCUGUUUAUAUAUAUAUAUAUAUAUAUAUAUAUAUAUAUAUAUAUAUAUAUAUAAAACUAAAUGGAAGCCUUGACAUCUAUUUACCAAUCUUUCUAUUAGAUAAACAUUUUCUUCUGUUACAUCUUUGUGGUACUGAGUGUUAUAUUUAAAAUAUGUAUUUCCACAAUGUAUGCAACACCAAUUAUUUACUCUAAUAAAUUAUGUAACAAAAUGAAUAUUUUCCGACUAUACAGCAUAUAAAUUUUGCUUUGCCAAAAAAAUAAAGAGUAAAAUCAG